GCACAGGCUCGCGAGCGGGGCCGAGGCCUCGAUCCGUCUCGCGCCGGCACUCGCCCCCGCCCCCCCCCCGGGUGUGAGCGGCGGCCGCCAUGCAGGGGCCCCUGGACACGCGCAGCGGCGCCAGGAUGGGCAGGUGGACGCGGAUGCACUGGUGCCUGGACCUCGAGGCGGGAACGCUGCAGUCCAGCUGCCUAGAGGGAGACGGCGGCCAGGUGGACCCGGCGACGGCGGCGGCGGCGCAUGAGGUGAGGCUCCUUGAAAAGCUGCAGCUGAAUCCCGACAAGUGCGAGCUAACGUUCCGCAAGGGCUCCUGCGUGUUCCGCCUGAGGGCCCAGUCCGAGGAGGAGGCACGCGAGUGGUUCGAGAAGCUCAAGCUGGGCGGGGCCGCGCCAGGAGACCAGGGUCCUGUCGACGAGCCCGAGGGCCCGCAUGAGCCCGCCCGGGAGCCGGGCUCGCUCUUGGCGGCGCUGAUGGCUUCCAAUUCCUUAAAGAACUGGGAGCCGGGGGAGGAACCGCCUACCGCCGUCUACAGGAGGCUCUACGACGAGCACAAGGACAGGCAGCAGAGGCUGCAGCUGCGGAGGGAGGCCCUCGAUCUGCAGGAGGCGGAGCAGCUGGAGCAGGACAAGAGGGCCGCGUGGAAGACGGCAGUGUCGCCCCGGUGCGAGAUGGACGCCCAGAGGGCGGCGGAGCGCUGCAUGGAGUGGGGCCUCCAGAAGCAGAGGGAGCUCUAUGAGAAGCAGGUGCUGGAGGCGUACCGCUCCGUCGAGGAGACCCGCAGCUUCCAGGCACGGCCGCUGCCCAGCUCCAGCAUGCGCCGCUCGGGCUCAGAGGGAGCCGUGGGCUGGAGCCGGGCGAGGGGCGCCGACUGCAGCGUGGAGGACCGCCUGGCUUCGUGGCAGGGGGCAAGGAACGCGGGCCUAGAGAAGCGCAGGCUGCAGCAGCGCGAGGAGGCGGACCGCCUGCAGAGGCCGCUGCCCGCCCCCCCGGACUGGAGGGCCCAGGCCCGGGCCGACGCCGCCCGGAGCGGCUGGCGCCCCCCCCGCGGCGGCCGCGGCCCGGAGGCGGCCCCCGCAGAGCCACCAGGCCCGCCGCGCGGGCGCCCUCCGCCCACGGCCGCGCAGCAGCGGCGCGCGGACGCGGCGCGCAGCGCCGCGCGGAGGGCCCGAGCGGCCGAGGCCGCCUCGGAGGCCGUGCCGGGCGGGCCCGCGGUGGCCGCGGCGGCCGCGGCCGCGGCCUGCUCGCCGCCGGCGCGCGGCGGCGGCGCUCAGAGGCGGGCCUCGGCCGCGGCGUCCCCGCGCGCGGCGGCGGCCGCGGCGUCCCCGCGCCCCAGCGCACGUCCGGGCGGCCUCCUGGCGGUGCCCCCUCUCCGGGUCCCUGUGGCCGCGGGCAGCGCCCCGUCGAGGUGCACAGCCAGCGGGCGCGCGUCACCCUCGGCGCCCUCGGCAAGGAGCGCGGCGGACUCGGCCGCGUCGGAGCGCAGCGGGGCCUAUCGCACGGACGCCACGCUGGCGGCGGUGCUGGGGGCAGUGCGGCACAGGCUGCCAGAUUUCGACGACGCGUCCCUCAGGAAGGAGUGCGACGAGCUUCACGAGGCGCUGGUCGCGGCGCAGGGCAUACUGCGGGAGGCGCACGAGAAGUGCCGCUUGAGCGAGGGAGCUAUGGCAUUGGCAGAGGUGCCAGCGCAGCGCGUUUUUCGGGAUGUUCUGUUGCCCGAGCGCGUCCAGAGCAUGGAGCCUGACGUCGUCGUCCAGAACGAGACCGACCUGGACGAGCUGCUCGCAUCUGCAGCGCACGCGCAGGCUGAGAUUCUGAGGGCGCUCGGCUCCACGGUGGCGGCUGAUCGCCCAGCAAGUUCUCCGCCAAAGGGCGGGAAGAUAUACAGGCCUCUGGGCGGCCUGGCCUCGUUCGCGUACAACCCUGGCAUCAAGACGAAGUCAGCGGCGGCGGUGAAAGCUUUGGUGCGCUACGGCGCGAUGGAGGAUCGCACGCGGAGGCAUCAGCACCUCAUGGACUUGGCACGACUCGAGUCGGUGAAGAGGUUGUUCGAGGUGGUCAGGAUCCGCAAUCUGUUCAAGGAGCCUGGGCGGCUUGGCCACCGCCAUAUCGAGGUUCUUGUAUGCGUGGGCGUGCGCGAUCCCCUCAUCCCUGGGGAGCUCAUGCCGCAUAUUUGCGAGCUUCGCCUCGAGACCGUAGAGCACUACGCAGCACGGGAGAAGUCUUGGCCACUGAUCGACUUCUUUUGUAAGCGACUCGGCGCAGCAGUCUUGGAGGUGCAGCCACAGGAGGUGUCUCUGGCCAGGGACGCCAUCGAGUACAUUGCGCUGGGGACGCUCACAGAGCCGCCCGAAAGGGCGUGCGCGCGGAUGCUCCGAAGGCGUAUCGCGAGCGUGUUCGGUUCGACGACCUGCGGCUGGAGGCAGCUGCUGGGGGGCAAGAGGCUGGUCGACUUCGAGCACUUCUCCAAGGCCUGCAGGAUACUCAACUGCCUGGGCCAGCCCUCCGACUACUGGAUCGCCUUGAACCCUGGCCUUGGGGACCGCUUGUCCCUGUUCGAGGCCAGAUUUUUCCGGCGCCUGGCCCUGCUCCGCGGCACCCACGCUCGUCCCGACUGCCGGGACGCCGGGGCCCUCUUCCGGUGCGCGCUCGGCCUGGCUGGGGUGGGGGCACCCAGCCGCGUGGGCCGCUUCGACUUCCGUGCGCUGGCCCGCCCUCUGGGCAUCGACAGGGACGAGGCCGACCUGCUGUUCAAGUGCCUCUGCCAGGAUGGAGGACGCCCAGGACCUGGUGCCCGCCGACAUCGCGUGGCUGCACAGGCUGCCCUUCAACGUGCGGGCGGUGCUCCUGGAGCUCCCGCCGCUCGAGCCGCGGGCCUCGGCUCCCGCCUCGCAGGCCUCGCAGGCCUCCGCCCCGCCCUCGGAGCUGCUCAGCGACUGCUCCUCCGAGGACUCGGGACGCCGGCCUGCGCAGGGACAGCCUCGACAGCGGUGGGGCCGCCUCCGAGGGCCGCGGCGAGCUCCUGGACUUUAAGGCCGCAGCGAGCUCCUGGACCUCUGCAGCGGCCGCGACGCGGCCUGCAGCUUCUGCGGCGGGCCCAUGGAGCCCCUGGGCUCCACGGACGCCGGGGAGGACCCCGACGUGCCCGGCGGCUGCCCCGCCCUGGACCGCCCGGGAGCGAGCGAGAGAAGCGACAGCUUCGACAGCGCCAUCGCGGAGGAGGAGAACGACCUGCUCGGGCCGUUGCCGGCGAGGGGUUGGCGCGGCGGAGCUGCGGUUGCGGGCCUCGCCGGCUUCGCCGGCUUUUCCUGAAUGCCCGCCGCCGCAGCGAGGGCGGAGCAGACGUGGUGGUCGGAGGGUGGCGCUGCACCGUGGAUGCACCCGCGGCGCGGCGCUCUCUGCAGGACGCCUUCUGA